AGCAAAAUGGUGGCAUAGCAUCAUAAUAUCAUAUGGACUGGUGAUUUUUUCGUUUUGUUAAGUCUGAACGAUUCAGAAUUUCCGACAGUCCUGUCUGAUCUGGCUAAUUCUGGCAUUUGAAUUCUACUUGAUAUUUACACCCAAUUACGAACUUCGAAGCCGUUAAUUUAUUAAUCCCUGUACUUUAAAGAUGUCGAAAAAUCCGUUUGUGAACUGUAAGUCACGUAAACGAAGAAAGAUCAGAGUCCCAUCCAUCAAACCUAAAGAGAAAUUAUUCUGUCCACGUACCAUGGUAAGGUAUGAUGGAUCGCACAGUGAUUAUCCAACGAAAUGGAUAUGUAAAAUGUGUCUGAAAUGCAUCUUAAGUGAAGAAGCCGUGACAAGUCAUUUAACCAAUUGCAGUGGUCAAUCUAACCGAGCUGUACCUCCCAAAGUAACGAAAAAAAAUGAAGAUACUCGUUACAUAUGUGAGUAUUGUAACAAGGUAUUUUCAAGGCGUGUUACGCUAAAGAAGCACUUGGAACAACAUGAAAAAUCAUCUAGCAGUCUAGACUCAGAGCUAUCUGACAAUGAAGUUGUAGAUGCUGCUGUAGUAACAGAACAUGGAAAUGACGAUAACGACAAACCUGAGGAGGAAAACCCAUUCAAUAACAUUAAGUCGAUUUAAUUUUGAUUUAUUCGUUUUUUUUUAUUUUAUUUUUGAUAUUAUUUUUUUUUGAUAAUUCCUUACAGCCUGCAGUUAUUUAAUUCUGAAUAUUUCAUAGUAAUUUGUGAUUUGUAUCUAUAUAUUUAACUUAAAAUUAUGAAUUGAUUUUAAUUUCAUUUUCCGACACAGAAUAUUUUUUAUGUUUUUUGAUAUAUAAAAAUCCAAUUUAGGAAGAGUAGCUUAUGAGUUAUAUAAGUAUUUAAAGUUUAGACAAGCAGAGAAGUGGACAAACAUUUUGCAAGGUAACCCCAUACCAUUCUACUCAGGCCUACCAAACUUUAAAUACUUAUAACACAUAAAUUACUCACCAAUGAAUACUUAGAAAAAUAUCCUGCUUUGGAUUAUGAAAUUAAAUCUCUACGCUGUCAUUCAAAACAGUUAAAUAUAUUUAAAAAUAUAAUUUUUUAAUGAAAACAUUGUUUUUUUAACAACUUGAACCUAUGUAAAAAAAACAUUUUCAAAAACAAUAAUACUUUUUGAGAUAAUAUGGUGUUUAACGCUUUAUGAAUCACACUGUAUGUAUACUAGUUGCCCAUGGCAAAGGUUUUUGAAAAAUAAAUAUAUUAGUUAAAAAUGUAUAUGUCAAAAAUAAAACAAUUACAAAUAAGA